AUGGACCGCCAUAUGUCACCUCUUCUGCCACAUUUUGAGUUUCCCAGAAUUACAACUCCUCCACCUCCACCAGCAUACUGCGCAGAACGUUCUGAAGACCGUCUUCAAUUGUCUCUUCAACGUAGUUACUCUUCUAUAUCGUUUCACGUUCCUCGAAGACAUCCUGUUGACGCCUCUCUAUCCGUCACUCCAGAAGAGCUUCCUCCGCAAAUUCCGGCCAAGUCUAGAUAUCGAGUCCGAGCUUAUACCGCUCCUGAGGUAGAAGCUAUCAAGGAGCGCGUAGCAAGUGCCUUGAUUGAAGUUGAUAUACUGCAAAAGCAAAUCGACGACGUCAUCGAAAGACAAAGCAUCUGCGUCAACAGUCGUCCAUCAACCGCGCAUUCGAUAGCCCGCGCACAUGACCUAGAACCUAUGCCAUCUAUUCCGGCUCUGCCGCCGGCGGCCCCGUCAUUUGCUGAGCGCCUGAAUGCUGAUGUAGAGCGACCUCAAACUGCACCAAGUAAGACGUCAGUCAACGCGACGCUGGGUCACAGGAAGACGACGCCUGAGGACAAUUUUAGGGUUACCAUGAAGCAGAACCAAGCCAUGUGUGAGAGCCAGGUUCUGCCGCCGCCACUACCACUUGUCCUUCGACCGCCAUUGCGGAAAAAGAAAUCCUUUUCGCGUGUGUCCACCUGGCUCUUCCCCGGUCAGGACCAAGGCAAAACCGUAGGUUUUGAUGCCGUUACGAACAAGCCGGGGCCGGUUAAGAACAAAGGAGGAUUCUAUCAAAUUGUUUCUUCCGACAACACAGUAGGGCAACGAAGCUGCGAGUCGAUUGAUAGUAUAUCAACCUGGCAAACCAGGGAUGAACAGCACACGACUCCAUCAUCGCGCCAAAGCACGCCGGCGUCAAAGCAUGAAGAACACCCUGAAAUAGCACGGAGAGGAACAUUUGGCAAAAACGAUGCCAGAAUUGGAAAGCCGCCCGUUGGCGUCGUUGCAUGGUGA